GGCUGACCCCCUGCGCGUCCAGGAAGCGCCCAUGUGACACCACUGCGCCUGCGCCAUCUUCUACGGCGCUUUGUGAAUGGGAGCCACAGAGCGGGAGCGAAAAAUAUCCCUCUCCAGGAACCAAAGAACUGUACGCCCUGUGACGGCAACGGCGAGCUUUGAGUGCCGCACUGAGUCCUCCCGCCUCCGUUCCGCUCCUUCCGGCUGCAGGACGUUCAGACUGGAUACGGCGGUCCCUGCCUCUGAAGAGAAGAAUUGCUACACUAUGGCUGGGGUUUUGCGCUCGGUAUUUCAGAGGCCUCCAGACAGACUACAGGUGUUUCAGCCUAGACCUGAGGAUCAUGAAAAAUAUGGAGGGGAUCCCCAGAACCCUCAUAAACUGCAUAUUGUUACGAGAAUAAAAAGUACGAAAAGGCGUCCAUACUGGGAGAAAGACACGAUCAAGAUGCUCGGGUUACAGAAGGCGCACAGCCCUCAGAUUCACAAGAACAUCCCCUCAGUGAAUGCAAAGCUGAAGGUGGUUAAACACUUGAUACGGAUCCAGCCCCUGAAGCUGCCGCAGGGACUCCCCACGGAAGAGAACAUGUCGAGCACCUGCCUCAAGAGCACUGGGGAGCUGGUCAUGCACUGGCGUCUGAUGCCUGUGGAACAGGAGACCAAGUCCUGAGGCCACACACUGGAGAGAAAGUGCAGGUACUGAGGAAACCGGUCUCCUUAAAGAGUGUGACGAUCCCGUCGACUCCAUUGACAAAAGCUGAUGUGUGAGGCUCUCCUUCCUGUCCAUGUGGACCUUGCGAGUUCUGAUGUUAUUACGUGGUUAAGUUCUCUCCCUUUGUCCCCUAAGAAUUUUACUCCAUCGUGGUCAAGAGUGGCAUUGUUUGAACAUCUGACUUUAGGCCCUAGCACUUUAACAAUUGUCAUUAUCUUUUUUUUUUUUUUUUUUUUUUUUUUUGAGAAACUGCUUUCUUGGGGACUGGAGAGAUGGCUCAGAGGUUAAAAGCACUGACUGUUCUUCCAAAGAUUCUGAGUUCAAUUUCCAGCAACCACAUGGUGGCUCCCAAACAUCAUACAAUGAGAUCCGGUGACCUCUUCUGGCCUGCAGGCACACGUGCAGGCAGAACACUGUAUACAUAAUAAAUAAAUCUUGAAAGAAAGAUA